GGCUAUAUUACUUGAUCAGAGAUUUGUUAAUUUAUGGAAAGAAAUAGAUUAUUUCGACAUUUGCAAAAAUAUGAACGAUCUUGUUAUACAAGGUGUGAUUCUUAUUCUUUUUCUACCAGCUUCAAUAAAUUUUAUUAAUGAUAAAAAGAUUGUUGUAAAGAGAUUAAAAGAAUUGAUAGAAUUAGGAUUUGCUUUAAACGAUAAAGUUAUUUUUGAUAUUUUUUUACUUCAAGCAAAUUUUCUUGAAAUGAUCG